AUGGCACUGCGUCGCAGAUUCCAAUCACUGACGCUCCAACACCGCCGCCUAUUCUCCAGCUCAGACACCAACACCCUACGCGGCUGCGGCAAAGAGCAAACGCGCGCCGCCCUCGCGGCCCUCCGAUUCGAGGAAAACCCUGAACGCAUCCUCGACCUCUGCCGGUCCGUCGCCCUGACGCCGGAGUCGCACCUCGACCGCAUCGUAUUCUCCAAAGCCAUCUCCAAACUCAAGGAACUCAACCACCAUGACGGCAUCCGCGCCUUCAUCCAAGAGUCCAUGAACCAACCCGGCAAUCGCUCCGAGCGUUACGCCGCGCACUGCAUCAUUCUAUACGGCCAGGCCGGCCUCAUCAGCGACGCCCUCAACCUGUUCGACAAAAUGCCCGAGAUAGGGAUCGAGAGAAGCGUGAAAACUCUCAACUCACUGCUCUUCUCGUGCCUCCUCGGCCGCGAAUACGGGCAGAUGAGGCGGAUCAUCUGGGAGUUCCCGAGAAAGUACGGGCUGGAGCCCAACCUGGAAACGUACAACACCCUUUUGAAGGGGAUAUGCAGCUCCGGCGGGGCGAUGGAAUCGCACUCUAUACUGGCGGAGAUGGAGAGGAAGGGCAUAAAACCGAGCAAGCAAACAUUCGCGAGCGUGAUCGAGGGGCUAUACAGCGAGGAGCACUUGGACGACGUGGGGAAGAUGCUGCAUUUGAUGAAGCGCUACGAUAUGUCUCCCGGGAUAGGCAUCUACAACGUCAGGAUUCAGAGCUUGUGCAAGCUCGGGAGGUUGGCCGAGGCCAAGGCCUUGCUUGAUGGAAUUCUGUCCAAUGGUAUGAAACCGAAUUGCCGUACUUACGGCCAUCUCAUCUACGGCUUCUGCCGCCAACACAAGCUCGACGCGGCCAAGAGUUUGUACGCUGAGAUGGUGGGUAAGGAUUUGAAGGCGGAAGCUGAGUGUCUUUUCACGUUGGUGUAUUAUCUGUGUCAGGGAAAAGAUUUCGAGGGCGCGUUGAGCAUCUGUAACGACUCUAUUGCCAACGGUUGGUUCCCCAACGUUACAACCAUGAGCAUGCUUGUGCGAGGGCUGGCCUCCAUAAACAAGCUUCAUGAAGCCCGCCGAAUUAUUGAACUUCUCAAAAACAGAUUCCGCAGAAAAGCCCAAGUUUGGGAUCAAAUUGAAAUGGAAUUGCCAAAGCCAACAGAUGAUUGAUGUCUUCUAUGGACUUCGUUCCACCUAGUUUUGCUUUCUACUUACCAUAUUCGGAUAAUAUUUUGUUCCAUCCUUCAUUUUAGUAUUGCGACAGAAAUCAGAUUUAACUAAUUGAACAUAACUUUGCAUUA